UCGUCGCUGCGCGUCGCAGCUAUCAUGGCGGAGACCGUCUGGAGUACUGACACCGGGGAAGCAGUGUAUCGCUCCCGGGACCCUGUGCGCAACCUGCGCCUCCGAGUCCACCUGCAAAGAAUCACCUCAGGCAGCUUUCUUCAUUACCAGCCUGCGGCCCAGCCUCGGAAGGACCUCAUAGACUUGGCCACCUUCAGGCCUCAUCCCACUGCCAGUGGACAUCGCCCAGAGGAAGAGGAAGAUGAGGAGGUGGUGAUUGGGUGGCAGGAGAAGCUCUUUAGCCAGUUUGAAGUAGAUCUGUACCAGAAUGAAGCGGCCUGUCAGAGCCCUUUGGAUUACCAGUACCGGCAAGAGAUCCUGAAGCUGGAGCAUUCGGGGGGCAGGAAGAACCGACGAAUCUUUACCUACACCGACUCUGACCGCUACACCAAUUUGGAGGAGCACUGUCAGAAGAUGACCACUGCAGCCAGCGAGGUGCCGUCAUUCUUGGUCGAACGAAUGGCAAACGUCAGGCGGCGGCGGCAGGACAGGCGAGGGACGGAGGGCGGCAUCCUCAAGUCACGCAUUGUCACCUGGGAGCCCUCGGAAGACUUCGUCCGGAACAACCAUGUCAUUAACACCCCUCUUCAGACGAUGUACAUCAUGGCUGACCUGGGGCCCUAUGGCAAGCUUGGCUAUAAGAAGCAUGAACACGUCCUGUGUACUCUGAAGGUGGACAGCAAUGGUGUGAUCACAGUGAAGCCGGACUUCACUGGCCUCAAAGGACCCUACAGAAUCGAGACAGAGGGGGAGAAGCAGGAGCUGUGGAAGUACACAAUCGACAACGUGUCCUCCCUCGCACAGCCGGAAGAGGAGGAGCGGGAACAGCGUGUCUUCAAGGAUCUUUAUGGCCGGCACAAGGAGUACCUGAGCAGCCUCGUGGGCACUGACUUCGAGAUGACCGUCCCAGGUGCACUCCGGCUGUUCGUAAAUGGAGAGGUGGUUUCAGCCCGAGGCUAUGAGUAUGACAAUCUCUAUGUGCACUUCUUUGUGGAGCUGCCAAGCGCUAACUGGUCAAGCCCAGCCUUCCAGCAGCUCUCAGGAGUAACGCAGACCUGUGCUACCAAGUGUCUGGGAAUGGACAAGGUGGCUUACUUCUGUUACCCGUUCACAUUCGAAGCCUUCUUCCUGCACGAGGAUGAAUCUGCUGAUUCUCUGCCGGAGUGGCCUGUGCUCUACUGUGAGGUCCUCUCGCUGGACUUCUGGCAGAGGUAUCGCGUGGAAGGCUACGGGGCUGUGGUGCUGCCUGUCACCCCAGGCUCGUAUACCCUGACUGUGUCCACGUGGAGGCCGGUGGAGCUAGGCACGCUGGCUGAGCUCAGGAGGUUUUUCAUCGGCGGUUCUUUGGAACUGGAGGACCUGUCCUAUGUUCGGAUACCAGGAACCUUCAAGGGGGAGCGUCUGAGCCGCUUUGGACUGCGCACCGAGACCACGGGCAGUGUCACCUUCCGCUUGCACUGUCUGCAGCAGUCCAGGGCCUUCAUGGAAUCAAGCUCCCUGCGGAAGAGGAUGCGGAGUGUGUUGGACCGUCUGGAGGGAUUCAGCCAGCAGAGCUCCAUUCACAAUGUGCUGGAGGCCUUCCGUCGAGCCCGGCGCCGCAUGCAGGAGGCCCGGGAAAGCCUCCCCCAGGACCUAGUGAGCCCCUCAGGAACCAUGGUCUCCUAGCCCACCGCCGCCCUGGCCCACCGUGCAGGAAGCCACGAUGAGAGGGGCUUGCACAGUCAGUGAUCCUGUGGCCCGUGUGGCCCCGCUUCACAUUUCAGCAGCUGCAGAUGGGCUCCACAGCAAGGCAGGCUUUCUGGUCUGAGACUCAUUUGGGUGAGCACAUGGUCAGCCUGUUCUUGACACAGCCUCUUGCACGGGCUCAGUGGUAGGGAGCAGCAGGCAGUUCCUAUCCGCAGCCUUGCAGAAUGGAACCGAUUUUCUUCCAAGAAACAGGAAGGAGAGACCUUAAACCCCUGGCCCCUCAGUCUCAGCUGCCUCUUUCCAGCACAGCCUUCUGCUAUUGCUUGGGGCUUGCUGAGCUGGAGAUGUGACUCACUUCGUAAGUGAAGGCUGAGGGCAGUGCCUAGUCCCUUCUGUUAGCUGGGCAGUGUGUUUUUAUUGUGCUUUUGUGCAUAAAAACUUUUUUCU